AAAUUCCCCAAUUAGCUUUCACUCAUGUCUGCUGCUUGCUGCUUCGCUCAGUUCGCUGCGACCUCAAUCUGCGAGUUUGCCGCCGGCGCUACAGGACCAGGACGACGGCGGCUAGCUCCUCCACUCCUCCAGGCUCCACUGCAUCACUACUCGGCUGCUCCGUGAGACCGAGAAGCGAGAGCCGAGAACCACUGCUAAUUGCUGCUCCUCCACUGCUAUACGACCGAGAAGCGCUGCUGCCUGCUCCAAGUGACCAGCAAAGGGUAUGCGUUUUGCUGGUCCUCAUUUUACAUGUUUUUUGAUUCGCAAGCGCUGUAACAAUCUUAAGGAGAUGGUCGCUUCUUCACUGACAUGCCACAGUAAAAGACAUAUCAGCUAUUCUGCUAGUCCUUUGGAGUACUAUCAUCCAAUUCUUCAAUCAAAUGGUUUACAGAAUCGGUUCAAGAAUUGGCAAUAUUUGAGAAAGGGUAAACUGAUGGCAAGUACUUUCAGUCAGGCUAUUGGUUUUUGGUCCCGCCGAAGGGUUCAACUUUGGUUAGAGAAGAUUGGGGCAAUUGAACCAUUCUCUGGCAACUUAGCCACCUGUUGGAGCAACAUCAAGGAAGAGGAAGCUCUUGAGAGAUAUAUGCUUAUUACUGGAAAUCCUGUCUCCAUGCAUGGUUUUCAGGUCCAUCACAAUAUGUACCCAGAAGAUGCCUGGCUUGCAGCUUCCCCUGAUGGAGUAAUCGACACCUAUGCUCAUGGUUUGCCUUCCCGAGGUGUUUUAGAAAUCAAAUGCCCAUUCUUUGGAGGCGAUAUGACCAAGGCUUGGCCUUGUAGUAGAAUUCCCAUUUAUUACAUUCCUCAGGCACAAGGUUUGAUGGAGAUCUUAGAUCGAGAUUGGAUGGACUUGUAUAUCUGGACUACCAAAGGAAGUAGUUUGUUUAGGUUGCAUCGAGAUAAAGAAUAUUGGCAAGCCUUGGAGAUUGCACUUUCUGACUUCUGGUGGAAGCAUGUGCAACCUGCUAAGGAAUUGUACAAUUGUUCAGAGAUCACAAAUCCCCGUGUUGAACUAAAAUUACUUAGGCCCGAACCUAGACAUGAAUUAUGUACUUACCUUGUCCAUGAAAGCUUCCGUAUUGUGGUCAAUGACUCUAAGUUGGUGAUGCGUGAAAUUAAUGGUAAACUGCAAAUGUGAUGCUCCACAGGUGGACAGUCAAAUUCAUUCAACUGGAUAAUUAGAGUCCAAGUCAUGGUAGUCUUCUACAAAUUGUGUUGAUCAAGGAUAAAGUUCUCUUCUACUGGAAGAGAAACUUCGAUUGUAGUUACAUGUUGUGGAUUAGACUGGUUUCUUUUAGGUAUUGAUCUGUGCACACUCUUACUAGAAGAGAGGCAGGUUAUAUCAUCUGGGCAAAGCUGAAAUGCUAACUGCACUCUUAGAAUCUUUUAGAUGAAAUGCACAAGGAUGGGGAACUUGUUACAUGCAGGCAUGAUGUGAAUGUUGUUACAAGCAUUUACGGUGUACUCCACAAAUUUGCCAUAUUUUGAUAGCUUCCACUGGUUGGAUAAUUUGACUGGUAAGAUGAUGUAGCCCAGUGUGCCUGAGCUGACAUAUGAGCACUUCCGGUCUAAACUAUCAGGAUACAACCAGCUUGGUUGGCGUGUGUGGCUGUGCACUCUUGUCCCUUGAGAGAGAUCAGGAGUCGAACCCCCUCUUGUAUGAAAAAACCAAUUUGGCCAGCACUUUGCCCCUUAAUUGGGCUGGGCCAGUGCGAAUGGGGAUUACUGGAUUAGUCUGAGUAUGGUACGGGCUUAAAGGUGCCACCUACAAUUAGGGCGGUGGCCUGACCAAAAAAAAAACAUCAAGAUACAACUAUGUGGCCUUAAAAUGUAAUAUGCGAGACCUGUAACAUAUUGUUUGCACAAUGGGCAGAAUAUCUGAGAACCAAAAAGCAGCUGAAUAGCAUUUGUAACAAUAAGGUCAGUAGUGGCAAUAAAACGAUACUCAGUUGUUUGUUAUGGCUAUAUCUUUUGUUCCUACAAAUAGAAGAGGUCUGCAAAUCCACUUCUAGUGCACAACAUAUGAAGCAAGGGGCGAAGAGUCUGCAGGUGCAUGAGUGACUGGCCUCCUCGCUUGUUUACCCAAGAUUUGCCACGGGUUUGAUUCUCUCAGCGAUGCCAAACAUAGUUCUUGGAUCCAACCCAUCGACUACAAGGAUUGAGGACUGCCGUAUAGGUGUCAAGUUCGUUGGAAUGCAGACCAGUAAUGAAGAUUGUGUUAGCCUAGAGAAAAACCUGCAAAUAAUUGAACCUCAUAUUUUAGUUGUUUUGUUAACAGUUACUGCAAAAUUUCAGGCAUAAUAGUUUUCUGAAACCUGCCUAAACUUACCUUGUGAAAGGGCAAUAUACAGAACAUUAGUGCAAUGCUUCUUUUGUUUUUACUCUGUA